GCCAUAAGCGGCACCAGUCGGCCAAUGGGGCAUGUGCUAGCUUGGUAUGGAUGGAGGCAGUCGAGUGCAGGGAGGGAGGACGAGGUACAAGAUGUGACAUGGAUUUGCUCCUUUGAUGGUGCAAUGCAUAGUGGAUCACACUCGGCAGUCGGUCUAGUUCUGUGAGGAGCGGAUGAGCUCGUGUCGCGGGCAUUUGGGUGGGG